AUGGGCCAUCGAAGCCUCCUCCGCCGGGCAUCAAAAUCAUGUCUAGGCGGUUUCAAGAAAGUAUUUUCCACGAGGAGUGAUCGCCACGACGACUUCUUGACAAUCAGCAAAACAUCCGCAAAAUCAUUCAAGUUUUCAUUCAAGACCUCGUCUCUAUGGAAGAGGACUACACCACAAGAGGACGAAAAGACAUGUAAACCGAAGCCCAACAUCACCAACACCACCCCCGAAGAAACCCCGAGAAUCAAAGACCCAGAACUGAGGCGGCAGGCCUACCCCCAGGGCCAAUCACAUAUUUUCCGACGGCUACCGCCCGAGAUCCGCGAGCAGAUAUAUAAGGAGUUUUGGGUCGCGUGCGGCGUGGAGCGACACGCGUUUCUUGAGGAUGGGCAUAUGCGGUACUCGCCGUGUGUGACGGAUCACGAGGCGCCGGAUGAGAGGCAACUGGGCCUCGCGAGAGACUUUAGAAAGGCCCCUCAGGUACAAUGGCACCCGGAAUGGUUUCUGAGGAUGCAGUCGCCGUGGUGUAAUCACUGGAGAUGUGAAGAGUUAUGGGAGGAUAUCAAGGAAGGGAGGAAGGUCGACCUAAAUCAGGGCCAGAACCAAGCUUUCAUGUCACUUUUGGUAUCUUGCAAGAGGGUAUACGACGAAAGCAUAGACUCCUUCCGCGAAUCCCGCAUCCUAAACAUCACAAACGGCCACACCCUCCAGCGCCUCCUCAAAUACCCGCGGCCCCGCUACGUCUCCGUCGCCCGCACGAUCAACAUCUCCCUGCGCGAGGACAGCGGCAACUGGCUGUACCUCAACGGCGGCAGCAUCUGGCACACGCUCGCGGCCAAGGAGACCAAGGCCACCAAGGUGUACGUGUGGCUAGACGCCGAGUGCCCGCUCACGCGCCGGCUGCUGACCGAGUUCCGCGAGCUGUACACGGGCGUCCCGGCGGAGAUCGCGCCGAAGCUGACGAUCGACUUUCCCUGCGACGCGGAGGACGGGUUCUGGGCGUGGGGCGAGGUGGACGUGCAGGAGCAGAAUGCGUGCGCGGGCGGCGGCGGGUGGGGGAGGGUGGAGCGGAGGGAGGCGAUUGUGCCGAAGUUUAAGGUCGUUGCGAGGGGGCGGCAGAGGUUUAAUGAGACGAGUUGUGGGUAUGUUAGUCGGGGGGAUCUGGGGAGGCCGAGGGUGAGGGUGUUGAAGGCCGGGAAUCCUUUUGAGGAUAUUUUGUUGUAUGGGAGGGGGAUUCACGAUGAUUCGUAUUACUAA